AUGGCGGUGAGCAGCAUCAGAGUCAGACCGAGCAGGAGGAGCAGAGGUCGCAAUGAGAGCGGAGAGGAAGCAGUCCCUCUGGAUCUAAACAGAGAUCCUGCUGAAAAUCUUCAUGAAAUCCUUCAGAAUGUGGUGAAGCAGAAAGAAGUCUCCAACAUGAGGAAGCUGGGACACCUCAACAACUUUGUGAAGCUUCUGUGCAGCGUGGGUCACUCUGAGGAGAAACUGGGCUUCACUCAUGAAGAAAUCAUCAUCUGCCUCCGGUUGGCGCUGUUGAACGAGGUCAAAGAGGUCCGAGCGGCCGGACUACGAGCUCUGCGGUACCUGAUCAGAGACAGCAGCGUGUUGGAGAAGGUGCUGAGGCUGCAGGUCGACUACCUGAUCGCCAGGUGCAUCGAUAUUCAGCAGAGUAACGAGGUUGAAAGGACUCAGGCUGUCAGACUGGCUCGUAAGAUGAUCAGCGUGAACGCUCGGCUCUUCCCCUCCUCUCUCGCCAACUCUCUCAUCGCCGUGGGAAACGAUGGUCUGCACGAGCGUGACCGGAUGGUGCGGGCGUGCGUGGCCAUCAUCUGUGAGCUCUCCUUAAAGAACCCCGUUGUGGUGGCCCAGCGGGGGGGCCUGAGCACCAUCCUGAGGAGCGUGACGGCGUGUCAGCUGAUCCGCAUCAACGAGGCUCUGAUCACCACCGUCCUGCACCUCCUCAACCACCCACACACCCGCCGCUACGUCCGCGCCGACGUUGAGCUGGAGCAAAUCCUGGCCCCGUACACGGACUUCCACUACAGACACAGCCCUGAUUCAGGACACCUGAAGGAGGACCGACAGGCUCAGUUCACGGCCAGUAAAAUGUCCAUCGUUGCUUCGUUUCGCUCCUGGUCGGGUAUCAUUAACCUCUGUAAGUCCGGCAGCUCUGGGCUCCAGUCUCUGAUUGGUCUGCUGUGUAUACCAAACAUGGAGGUGCGGAAAGCUCUGUUAGAGGUCUUCUAUGAAAUCUUCCACCUGGUCAAACCUGCUGUAACUGCCGACUUCAACCAAGCUUUGAGGAGUGUAGACCCCAGCAGAUUUCAGGACAGUUGGAGACUUUCAGAUGGAUUUGUGGCGUCUGAGGCUAAAACCGUCCUCCCUCAUCGAUCCUGCUCCAGGGUUGAUCUGAUGGAUAACUACCUGGCUCUGGUUCUGUCUGCGUUCAUCCACAGUGGACUCUUAGAGGGUCUGAUCGAGGUGAUCACAAGCAGUGAUGAAGUCUUGUCCGUCUGUGCUACCGUCCUGCUGGGAGAACUUCUCCACAUGGCCAACACCAUCCUCCCUCACAGUCACAGCCACCACCUCCACUGUUUACCGUCCCUCAUCAACAUGGCCGCCUCCUUCGACAUCACGCCAGAGAAGAGACUCCGAGCGAGUGCAGCUGUGAACCAUCUGAAGAGUUUCCAUGAGAAGAAGAAGAAAGGGGUCACACCUGAGAGUCUGUACCUGGACCACAUCCUCCGAACAUCGGGGUCAUCACACUGCUGCCGAGACCAACACGUCAAACCCCAAAGAGACAUCUUUGUUAUUAAGGACUCUGAGGACGCUCUGACAGCUCACCUGAGGGACAGUCACAUCCUGAACCACAAAGACCACCUGGACUGGAACUGGUGUCUGAUAGGAACCAUUUUAAAGUGGCCCAACAUCAGUUUAAGAAGCCAUAAAGAUGAACAAAUGCACAAGUUUGUGCAGCGUCUCCUCUUUUUCUACAAACCCAGCAGUCAGCAAUAUGGCAGCCUGGAGGCGGAGCAUCCAAAGGCCCGUCAGCUGACCGUGGUUGGCUGCCAGUUUGUCGACUUCCUGUUGAUCUCAGAAGAGGAUGGUCAGGCCUACUUGGAGGACCUGGUCCGGGACAUCGCUCAGUGCCUGUUCUCUGCUCAGUUUAACCCCGAGCGUUUGUCAGGAGGCUGGCUGCUGAGCACGCUCAGUCAACACUACUUCCUGUUCCUGGGCUCGCUGUCUGCUCACACUCACGGCGUCAGGAUGUUGGAGAGGUGCAGCGUCUUCCAGAGCUUACUGAGCAUGUGCAGUCUGAAGAACCAGGAGCAUCUGCUGAAGCUGACCGUGUCCACGCUAGACUACAGCAGGGACGGUCUAUCCCGGGUCAUUCUGUCCAAAGUCCUCACCGCUGCCAACGACACCUGCAGACUCUAUGCCACCAAGCACCUGCGUGUCCUCCUGCGGGCCGGCGUGGAGUUCUUCAGUAACUGGGGCGUGGAGCUUCUGGUCACGCAGCUCUAUGACAGAAACAAAACCGUCUCCAUGGAGGCGCUGGACAUCCUGGACGAAGCCUGUGAGGACAAGACCAACCUCCACGCUCUGAUAGACAUGAGACCGGCUCUGUCUCACCUGGGGGACAAAGGUGUGCUGCUGCUCAUCAGGUUCCUGUCCAUCCCCAAAGGUUUCUCCUACCUCAGUGAGAGAGGAUACGUCUCUGCAGAGAUGGAGAGGUGGCAGAAGGAGUUUAACCUGAAGUACGUGGAGCUGAUCGAGGAGCAGCUUAACGAGGCUCUCACCACCUACAGAAAACCUGUGAACGGAGACGAGUACGUACGCCGAAGCAACCAGAGCAGGUCCCAGAGGCCUCACGUCUACCUGCCGGUUCACCUGUACGGUCAGCUGGUCCAUGAUAAGACCGGCUGUCAGCUGCUGCAGGCUCAGAACGUGGUUCCUGAUUUGAGCCUCACUGUUCGCUCGCCCGUCCUGGACAGAUGGGAGGGAAUCAAACAGCUGAAGGCAGCUCUCUGGGCCCUGGGACACAUUGGCUCAUCUACGUGGGGUCUGAACCUGCUGCAGGAUGAGGGUGUGAUCCCUGACCUCGUGGAUCUGGCUCACAGCUGUGAGGUCCUGUCCAUCAGAGGGACGUGUCUCUACAUACUCGGCCUCCUUAGUCGGACUCGUCGGGGCUGUGACUUGUUGAAGCAGCAGGGCUGGGACUCGGUGAGACACGGCAGGAGGACUCGGUGGCCCGUGGUCCCAGAGGAACUGGAGCCUCAGAGCCGGACCCUCAGUGUCUGUGUGCUGGAUGCUGAUAGGCUGCAGAGCUCUGACCAAUCAGAGGACUCCUCUCCAUACACCUGUCCCAAACUGAUGAAGGACCAGACCCCCAUCACUGUGCUGGCCCCCUGCAGCCUCCGGUCCCGCCUCCUGCACUCGCUGUCCCUCCCCAGGAAGAAGCUCAGCUCCCCAGACCAACCUGAGGACAGCAGCCCUGACCAACCCGAGGACAGUGGCGCCGACCCCGGAGGAGAGCCGGAGGGAGGACGGGGACUGAAAGACUCCGAGGAGGAAUUCUCUUUUUACAACAAAAAACAGUUGAGUCCAGGAGGGGAGGAGAACCGGGGGAGCAGCCCCAUUCUGGGGGAGAGGGAGGUAAACGGGACGGGGGAGGUGAAUGGGUUAGGAGAAAACCAGAAAAGGGCAGCGUGCAGCUACGAGCGUCUGGCUGAAGACGGACCCUCGGGAGGAGGGGGAGUCCCAUUUAAGAGCCGCAGCCAGAGCUUUAACACUGACACCACCACCAGCGGUAUCAGCUCCAUGAGCUCCAGCCCCACCAGAGAGGCCCUGCACCCCCCCUCAGAGACCAGGAAGACCCCCCCGCCCUGCUCCACCCCUCUGUCUAUCCCAAAGUCCUGCUCUGCCUUCCUGGUCCCUCCUGGCUCUGCCCACACCCUGCCACGUCGGGCCCCAUCCUUCAGGUCCCCAUCAGUGAGCACUCUGAGCAGCUUGGCGGACUGUGGUCUGUUCUGCAGCUCCUCCAGCUGCUGUACCAGCCCCAGAGACGCUCUGGGCUACACCACCCUGAGGAGGCUCCAGCACCAGCGGAUCCAGCCCUGCGUGUCCCACAGUGAGGCCCGGGCCUCCCCCGCCAAAGAGAUCCUCUUCACGGACACCAUCACCAUGAAGUCAGGAAGUCUGGACUCCAGACGCACGGCUCAGAGGUUCCUGAAAGCUCUGAGUUUUGCCUGUCUGGAUAAAGAAGACCUGCUGAGUCCGAUCAAUCAGAACUUCCUGCAGAGCUCGCCAUCUGUGCGCUCUGUGGUCUCUUCUGGUUCCUACAGCUCCUCAGAGGAGUUCAUGGGCCUUGCUCUACCCGUCAACAUCAACAACAUGCUCCAUAUUAAAGACACGCCAUACUUCCAGACGACGAUGAGUCCUCCGUCUGAGGAGUGCUCUGCUGGAUUCUUCUCUGCCCAGUCAGAUGGUCUCAGUGACGAAGGCCGUCCUUCGAGGCUCCGCCCACAGCUCAGCGUCACAGAGUUGCUCACGGUGAGCCGGACCAAUCAGAAGCCGAUGGAUGACUCUGAGGACGGCGGUCUCCAGGAUCAUGAGCAGAACACCUGUCUGUACUGUUCUGGACUGACAGUGGGUGGGGCCAGGUGUGAGGACAGGGAUCAAGAGCUCACAGACGCCCCCUUGUGUUCAGAAAGGCUCAGUCUGGCUCCAUCACAGCUGGAAGUCCUGGUCCAAUCAGAGCUGUCUGGGGGGUCAGGGUGCAGCGACACCGUGUCUCAGGGAUCAGCGGGGAGCGGGCAGAGCUCAGAGAUGGUCUUAGGAGUGAAGGCAAUCACCGAGGACGCUCCUGCAGGCCGGGUUCUCCUGAGGAAAGAGGUUCUCCGUCUGAUCAUCAACCUCAGCUCAUCAGUAGGAACCAAGAACCACGAGACCAGCCUGCUGACGAUCAAGGAGAAGUUUCCGUCUGCAUUCGAUGAUGUCUGUCUGUACUCGGAGGUUUCCUUCCUUCUAGCUCGCUGCUCCUUUCGUCUGACGUCUCGCCGUUUCAUUCAGGAGCUUUUCCAAGACGUUCCCUUCACGCCGCUGUACGAGGAGGCAGAGACUGUCCUGUCAAUGUUACCACGGAGACCCUCAGCUCCGCCCACUGACUGUUGAUUCACCUGGAUUCGACUGUAUGUGGAAGACCUGAGCCUCCAUCGACUCCCUGACCUCCUGACUCACCGCCGCCUCACCUUGUCUCUUCACAGCACCGUCACACGCACCUGUCCAGGUGUUCUCUUUCUUUUUUUCACUGAGCGUGUCUACAGCUCUCCUUAGGAUCUAAAUUCACUUCAGCUUUAUUUAAAGAAACGGUACCGGUGGUUAGGAUGUGAGGAUCUUUGACAUGACUUUGCUAAAAAUGGAGGCGUACUGAAACCUGUUUGACAAAAUCAGACAAAGGACACACCAAAUAAAAAAAGCACCAAACUCCAGCACCGUCAGAUCCAAACAGAUACGAUGGCAGGCCUCACUCCUGGCCUCGGAUUAUGCUGCCGUAAAUAUCAGAGAAAAAAAAUGAAUUUUUGUGAUAACAGGGUUAAAAUUUAAGAGAAAAAAAGUCUACUUUUAAGGUCAUACUGCUGAAUAUUUCCAAAAAAUAUAGAAAUUUUGAGAUGAUGGAGUCGUAAAUUCCCUUUUUUGAGAUCAUAAGGUAUAAAUUUCUGAGAAUAAAGUGCAGCAGUUCCUGAGAUUUUAUAAAGUACAUUUUGAAAAAAAAAAUGGGUUUAUAAAGUCAAAUAUUACCAAGGACAAAAAUAGAAAAAUCUUGUAGAUUAAAAAUCCCAAACUAGUCAAGAAAAAAUUUAACAUUUUUGGGAAAUUAUGGCAUUAAAUUUUCCAAAAAAAAGUAUAAAGUUUGGGUUUAUAAAGUCGCAUCUUUACUAGAAAAAAUUAUAAUCAUUUGAGAUAAUUAUUCCAAAGUGUUCAAGAAAAUUUUAAAUUUUUAGAAUGAUAAAAUUGUAAUUUCUGGACAAAGUAAAUAGGAAUUUUGAAAUGUUAUAAAUGUAAAUGUACCAAAGAAAUGAUCAUUUUGGGUUCAUAAAGUCAUACAUUUGUAAGAACAUUUUUAGAAGAUUGAAUUUUAAAUUCCCUGAUAAAAAGAGCAUCUUUUAGUAUUAUUAAGUUUUAAUUUUCUGAAAGAUGUAUGUAAUAUUUUGAGAUUUUAUUAUAGUCAAUUUAAAAAAAUAAAUGUAUGAAAUUAGGGUCAAACUUCACCUAGAAAAUAAAUAUCUUCAAAUGUUAUAAAUUCUGAAUUAUCCGAGUAAACUUUUAAAGUUAAAUGAAUCUAAAUUUCUGUUAAAAUGCUGAGUUUAGAGAUCAUAAAGAAUUUUAAUUCCAAGAUAAAAUAGAGGCAUGUCUUUUAAAAGGUUGUAUUUGAUCAGUGUUGAUGGUGCAUCCUUAAAAAUAGCAGUUUUGGUACUAAAAUAGAAAUCUUGGCAGAACUUUUGUUUUUAUUCCCCUAAAAAUUGCAGACCUUCUCCUCUGAGUUGCACAAAUUGACAACCUUUCCUACCGAGAUGUUGUCGUCGAGGUGACUGGCUGCUAUUUUAAUGUUUUUAUUCUCCUCCUAUGCACUGAUGAAACUAAAGAGAUGGCGUAGUUUUCUAUGAGACCCAGCACCUUUCAAUACUAUUGAUCACUGAUAGAACAGAGAUCAAACCUCUGAACAAAAAGACUUUAAACCUGAAACAGAGAGCUGCCUAUAAAAUCUACUAGAGCUAAAACCAAGGAUCAAUAGCAGUGAGAAUGGCUCCUUACUGACUAAUCGGAUACAGUCACUGAUCAAUAAUUCUGAUCAUAUUAGACACAGGACGUCCCAGUAUAAGAGCACAGACUCUCCAUGUGAAGCCCUUAAUCCUCGUACAGGACCAUCCUGAUGUCUGAUAUUUAUAUAAUAAUAAUAAUGAUGUAGGGACGCUCUGAUCAUGUUUCUGCUGCUGAUAUUGAUCAUCUAUGACUGAGAUCAAUCAAUACUAAUACCGAUCAAUAUUCUGAUCACAUGUAGAGCUUAGUUAUAACUGCAGUCUUCUAGUCAGCGAGUGAUCUAUGACUCCAGAUCUACUGAUCACAUAUUCUCUCAGAUAUUGAUCAGAUCAAUGAGGCCUCUCUGCUGAUGAUUAUUGAUCGCAGAGAUCUGAUUGGUUCUCUGGAUCAGUCUGUUCAUGCUCGAUUGUUUAGAGGAUAAAAGACAAUCUUUAAUAUGAAUCUAAUUAUUCUGAUAAACUCUGACGAUGGAGGACUGGACUCUCAAACAGCAAUAACUGAUUUUAUUUGUGUGUUAAAUAUUUAAAUUCAUAUUUAAAAUAUGUAUUUGUGAGGACUUAAUGGUAUUCUUGUUAUUUAUGAGUAUUUACUGAUGGAUGCUGAACACUGCCUGCAUUGUUGACCUCACUGUAGCUCACUAAUGAACCUCCCAGCCACCGUAGCCCUGCAUGGUCAUUUUAAACUCUGCAGUCAUUUUUAGAUUUUUAACUAAAAAGACGAUUUUUGAAAGAAAAUGAGCAGGACAUGUAGCAGAGCUGGGAUGAUGGAGAUAAUUUUUUAUGUAUUUGCACUGCUGAAAAGCUGCUGCUGUCUUCAAUCAUUAACUUUAUUCAGUAAUAUUUAUUCAUAUUAAUAAUAAUAAUACACUGUGAACAAACUAAACUACACCAUUAUCUGAAUAAUCUAGAUUAAUCUUAUUUAUGCCUGGUACUGUUUCCUCAUUAAAGAGAGUUUAAGUCAGUGAAUAUUGGUAGAAAGUUUUGUCUAAAAGCUGAUCUAUCGAUCGCCUGGCUCUGAUUUUUAUUGAUUUUCUUUCGUGAUAUUGCACAAAGAAAUAAACAUAUCAGAGUGUGGAUUGUUUUCUUGAAAAGCACACGAAUAUUUGCACAAAGAACCAGCUAAAGAAGCGUCUGCAGCAGCUGCUUGAGAUGAAUGACCAUGUUAAUUGUUGAUUAUUCUGACUUAUUUCUGUCUAUUUUAGGUGAUUUGAUCAGGAAACGGUAAUCAAUUAAAGAACCGUCUUUGAUUUAGCCUAGGGGUGUCCAAACUGCGGCUCUGGGGCCAUCUGUGGCCCUUGGCCCUGUUUUAAUCAGCCUGCAGUAAAUCAAAUGAAAUAGAUUAGAGCAUGGAGCUCUUCUGAGUUUGGACACUAGGUGGUGCUGCUGUGGUGAUUCUGUAAACAAACAUUUUGACAUGAAGAAUUUGUUUGUUUUUCAUGAUGACAGUGUAAACAGCAAACAUGUUGACGGCCAGAGUACAGUAAUAUUUAUUUAAUUUAAUCUAAAAUGUUUCAGUGGUUUAAAGUUUAUUUUAGUGUUUAACAGCUGAUCUGAUAUCUUAAACCCUCUUAUGACACGGCAGCAGAGGAUAAAUGCAGCAUCUGGUCUUAACUUAAUAAAUGUAUAUUUUUGAUGACGUUUGCACAGAGAACUUGAACAUAUCAGAGCGUAGAAGUCUCCUGAUGAAUUUUGCACAGAAAAGUUUGCAGACAUUUGUGAGAGACGAGAGGAGACCUUCAGAAACACUGUGUGCCCCGCUAGCAGAGACCAGUCUCUUUAGAUGAGCAGGAUUUCAUAAUCGAUUGUUUGUAUGAUGACUAUUGAUCCAAUGUGAGCCUGUUUCUCUGAACAGGAUGAUCUCAUGUUUUUAAUGGAGGAUGAAUUAUUAAUGUUUUAAUAUUUAUUAAAUGUUCGCCAAACCUCAAUCUGCACUUUUCUCUGAGAUAUUUAAUAAACAUGAUCGUAACUUUAUUCUGUUUCGCUGCAGAGCCACGAGCCCACUCCGAGGAUUACGUUUAAUUGAACUGAUGUAGACUCCCUGGUCACUUUAUUAGGUACACCAGUCAUAGUGGAUCUAGGCACGCAGACAUGGGCUCGAUCUGAAUGAACCCUUUAAUCUCUCAUUCACGCCAUCCCAAGUUUAAGCCCCUCCCAUCAAAGAAGUGAAAGAAAUAUGAUGAAGAGACCUCAGGACAGAGGAGGAGAAUUUACUAAAGGAUAAAUCCUCCAGGAUGACACACCUGGAGGAAGGGGCCUGUGAUGAAGAUGACGAAGGUCACAGAGAACAUCUGGAUGGAUGGGAGGGGGAUUUAUGAGCGUGCUGUGGUUGUUAGUGGUCUGGCAGACUUUGACUUCUAAUUCUGACCCUCCUGUUAGAACAAGUCUGCAGAAAUCCAGACGAAGCCUGCGGCUCAGCGGGGAGUCAGCCAACCUGCUGUCACAUGCCAUAUUUCAGAGUUAGUAUACGGUUAAAUUCCAAGUUAUUCUGAUGUAAUUACCACCUUAUUCUGGAAACAUGACUAGAUAAUUAUACUAAUUACACUAAAAUGACUGGGUAAUCAGGGCCCACUAAAAUAGUGAUCCUGAAAUCUCAUAGAUCAGCAGUAAAAUAUCUGACCAACAACCUUCAGUAAAUCCCCUCUCCUCUGUUUGACCUCAGUCUGACCUCUGUUUGACCUCAGUCUCUACAUACCUGCAUGGAUCAGCUGCUGCUGUGAUUGGCUGAUUAGAUACCUGUGUUAAUAAGCAGUUGUACAGGUGUACCUAAUGAAGUGACCAGUGAGAGUAGAUGUGACUGUUCAAGGGGAAACGAUUCUGGCUCUGGUAUUUAACAUUUAUAAAUCUGUGUAUAAAUAAAGGGAAUAAUGACCAAUAAUAAUGUUUAUUUUCUGUUCUGUCUGAAAAUAAAGAGAAAUCAGA